AUGCGCAUCACGAGAGAAAUUAAGUUACUUGAGUUGAAGCAAGGGUACAUGUAUGUUGAAGAGUAUGCUUUUGCGUUCGAGGAGCUAGUAAGGUUUUGCCCACAUUAUAAUAUUGCGACGGAUGAAGCAUCUAAGUGUAUCAAAAUUUAUGAUGAGGAUAGUAGAGCUAGAUCCAUACACUACAAGAGUGUUGUUGAGAAGAAAGGUGGGAAGAAGUUUCGUGCGAAAUCGUAUUUGACUCCAUAUGAGAAAAGGAAGCAGAAGAAGCAUGUAGAUGGGAAAUAUGCAAGUGGGGGAGGAGCUCCGCUGAAGUGUUUUAAGUGUGGAGAUUUGGGGCACCAUGCUAAUGAAUGUAAGAAUGCAGUCCUGAUUGCAACUCAUUCGUUUAUUUCCCUUGGGUGUGUUAACAAGUUGCAACUUGAAGUGUAUUCUAUGGUUGGAAGUAUGGUCAUUGAUAUUUCAUCUAAUGGUUUGGUGACUACUUCGCUUGUGUAUUUAAAUUUUCCAUUGGACAUCUAUGGGAUGAACUGGCUAGAGUUCAAUUGUGUGUCUAUCAAUUAUUUUGAUAAGACUGUUUUGUUUCCCGAACCUGAAGAGAGCGCGGACUCGAAAUUCUUAUCUAUCAGAUUGAAGGGUGAUAUCGAGGCUAGUGUUAUGCCAGUGGUAUGUGAGUUUCCUUAUGUGUUUCCUAAAGAUAUUUAUGACUUACCACCGGAACAUAAAGUUGAUUAUACCAUAGAUUUAAUACCUGAUACUAGAUCUGUAUCGAUGGCCACAUAUAAAAUAUUUGCAUCAGAGUUGGGCGAGUUGAAGAAACAGUAA